AUGGGUGACCGCGGCGAUAGAUACACCCCCUCGCACAGUCGCGACAAUGACCGCGACUAUGACCAUGACCGCCGUGACCGUGGCGGUGACAGAUAUCCCCAUGACGACAGAAGACCUCCCAGCGAAAUGCCCCGUUUCACUGGACGUGAAGACUCUCGUGCUAAUGGUCACGAAUUCUCAUUCGAGCACUCUCGUCAACUGCCUACCGACUCAUAUCGCCCUGAUAGCAACGACCAGCGAUCUCGAGCCCCACCGUCAGGACCUCGUCGUGGGGCUGGGCGAAGCGGAUCUUCGAGAGGAAGAGGAGGGGGAAAUUUCGCUAGAGGCGGUAGGGACGGGAAACCCUUUGUGUUUCAUGCCCCUGUCCCUGCACAUGAGAGGCCUAUAUUAUAUUUCGACACUCGCGAGAAAACACCUGAAUUGAUGGAGGGGAUGGCUCCAGGCAGCGGGGAUCGUUUCAAAGAGGAUAUUGAGGAUGGGGUUAACGAGGGCCAGGUCGAGGGUGAAUAUGAAUGCGAAGAGAAGAAAGAUGACACUAUGGACACUCCAAUGGAAAUGUCGGGAAAUGAAGGUGAAGCUGAAAGCGGGAGCGCCCCUAAGGACAAAGUUGGGGAAGAAAAGGUGGGAAAGUCAGAAAAGAAACCGGACGUUAUAUCAAUGAUCCGGGCAUUCAAAAAACAAACCGCUACCACUCGCAAUGAGGUCGCUGAAAACGAUGACUUUAUUCCGUUCUCGUUCAUUGAUGAACCGGCUGCGCCGCAGCAGCAGCAGUCAGAGUCUGAAUCAGAAUAUGAAGCUGAACGGGAGCGCGAGGAGGGUCGUAAGAUGCGCCGCGCUAACGAUGGUCACAGAAUUGUCGAACAUCAUGGCCGUAGUAAGGACUUGAGUAGUGGCGAUCUGAAAAGCCCUUCUGCUGGCGGCUUCUCACAUCGAGACGCACUUUACAGUCGUGUCGAUGAAAAAAAGCCUGUUCAGGAUUUUGGCCCGCCUGGGGCAUCAACUUUCAUGGCUGCGCCUGCAGCACUUUCAGCGCCUCCGGGUCUAGGAGAGCCUAUCAAACUUAAUCUAGAAGAGGGCUCGAAAAAAGUUUCUACUGUUGAACAUCUACCGAAGCCUGCCAAAUCUUUCAAUAACAAGGACGGAGAUAUGCCUUGGCCUCCCCCGCCUCCGAGCCCUCUUACCUCCGUCCCCGCCCCACCCCCGCCGCCACCAACUGGGGUGGGUAUACAUAUGGAUAUCCCUAAGAAAAGGAAAUUUGAUGAAUUCAACCGGAAACGGAAUGUCAAUCCCGCAACUGCUGAUGGAAACGUUAAACCCGAGUGGGCAAUUAAACCUGGCAGCGGGGUCGAUCCUAUACCAUGGGUUAGGGGAGGAGCUGAUCACUCGAGGUCUUUGGAAACCACAGAUUGGCUGCACAAGGAAAUUACGGAUUUUAUGGCCUACAUUCAACCGCGUGCCUAUGAACACGCUAUCCGCCGAGAUCUCGUUCACCGCGUUCGUCAAGUGAUCACUAACCUCUGGCCUGACGUUGAUGUUCGCGUUUUUGGCUCCUUUGCAGCAGAACUUUACCUCCCGACAUCCGAUGUCGAUUUGGUAGUUGUUUCGAAAUCCUUCGUUGAAUUCGACCUACCCAAGUAUAAUACAAGACAGUCCCUAAAUAAGUUAGCAGGCGCACUUAAAAAGUCUGGCAUUACAACCUGGCAAGACGUUCAAGUCAUUGCGUCUGCAAAAGUGCCGAUCAUCAAAUUUACAGACAGCAUAACAAAAAUUCACGUGGAUAUUUCAUUUGAAAACUCUUCUGGGCUCGUUGCAAAUGAAACUUUCCAACGUUGGAAAAUUGAAUACCCAGCAAUGCCAGUCCUUGUUGUCCUGAUAAAACACUUCCUUUCGAUCCGCGGCCUUAACGAGCCGUAUCAAGGCGGCCUUGGAUCCUUCUCUGUCACAUGCAUGGUAAUUUCCAUGCUUCAACUCCUUCCAUCGGUCCGCAGCGGAGCAGUCGAUCCGCGCCUCCAUCUGGGCGUAAUGCUUCUUGAAUUUCUCGAACUCUACGGGAAGAACAUAAAUACUAGUGUUGUUGGGAUCCGCGUCGACGAUAACGCCCCAGGCUAUUUCAGGAAGACCGGUGUAUUUAAUGUUAACCCCAACCAUAAGACCUGGCAAUUAUGCAUACAGGAUCCCCACGACCCUGAGAAUGAUGUCGCAAAGAGUUCAUAUCAAAUAUCUCUCAUCUUGCAAUGUUUUGCCGACGCCUACGAUGCGCUGGUGAAACAGAUGGCUUUACUUGACAGUUUACCAUUCGAAAAGCGAGCUGGAAGGUCAAUUCUCGGUGUCAUAAUAGGUGCCAACUACAGGAAUAUCAGUUCAAUGCGGGAAACCCUGAAGCACGUGUAUCGACAGAAAUAUGGUUCGCUUGAUGUAGAAGACAUCAUGGAGACAAGGGAAGCCAAGGGUCCUGUAAUUACUGCAAAAGAAAAAAGGGAAAAAAAUGUGGGCGGAAUUUCUGCUACGAAGCCUAAGAGAUUGAGAGGUCUUGAGCAGCCUCAUGAGAAACGGGAUAGUAGAAAAGCGAAAAAAGAGGCGAGAGUAAAAGAGAGGGCGAUGGAGAAGGAAAAAGCGGCUGGUGGUGGACUGAAAGACAAGGAAGUGAUCAUCAUCGAUUGA